AUGGAAAAUCCGCUAGAAGCGUCGUUUUUUGAUGGUAGAUUACGCCUUUUGAACGACAAAUGUUUGUCCUUGCAAAAGGAUGUGCUUGUGGUACCGUGCUAUCCGGAUAUUUUGAGUGGUAAGUUGAUUUUUUUGCUCUUUUUGGUUUUUAGAUUCUUGUGCGGUAUUUUAUCAUUUUGAGGGGUUUUGAUACAAUUUUUCGUCCAUUUUGUUUACCCGUGAGCUCCCGAGUCUCAUGCGGUAUAUAUUUGGUGAUAUUCCAUCGGAAAAUACCGAAAUUUAGGCUAGAAAGGUUGGACAGGUCUUGUAAUUUGAUUGAUGCCAAAUCUGCUUGCUGUUUGUUGCAUUUUUACUUUAUUUUGACUGAUCUUGUUAUCCACGGGGUUACUGAAAAGUUAGGCCUAAAAUGCUCUUUAUUUACCUCAAUUUUUUUUAUUUCCAGGAGGUGAGCUGUACAAAGAAGUGAUGGAAAAUGUUGGGGAAUCCCUCAAGGAGACGAUUGCGCCCUUCUCCAUCUACGAUCCAGGAAGUUGUAAACUGACAUUCAGCGGGAAUCUAAAGCAAUUCAAAAGUGAGUAGAAACUUCCCCAUUUUUACCUCUUUCCUUAGGAUUGGCUCUGUGCAUCCUCCCCGAGAUGUUCUCCGAAGAAGGAUUGAGCUUUCUGGAUCGAUUGAAGGUGGCGAUUUCCAUUGCUGAUGCGUUGGACUUGUCGACGGAAAUGUCCGCUGUCUCCAUCGUGUUUAGUCAUUGGAAUAUCGCUUCUGUGGAACAAGCGGCUGAGAUCUUGCUUUUGUGUAUUGCCAAGUGGCUGAGGACCUCGAUAUAUGCUGAUAAGGUGAGAAUUUUGACAUGGAUGAUAUAAAAAGUGUCGUGUUUUGAACUAAAUUUAAUUUCUUCUGGCUGGAAACGAUGAUAGAUGAUGUAGCUUAUUUUUAGAUUAAAGAAAUUGUCAUUGCAUUGGAAGAUGAACACAUAUUUGACAUUUACUUCAACUUGGCACAACUCAUCGAGGGAGAUCCAUCGUUGGUAUUAGAUGUUCUCCAGACCAUGCCAGAGGACGAGCAGUACGAGGAGAACCACGAACGAGAGAUCACGGAUCAUUAUCCACUUGAUUUGACAGACGCUCCACAUUUGAAUAUGCAUCAAGUACAAGUCAAACACGAGCGACGUCAACCGACCACUCCAUUCCUCUUCUACUCUCGGAAUCUCAGUUCGAGUAUCUUGUCGAUUGAACAGACGAAUGGAAGCCUCCGGCAGUAUCGACUUUCCACCACAAUUGGAGAAAAGAACACUCAUUACUUCAGAUGCUCAAGAUGCGAUCAUUUGAACAAAUCAAGACCGGAUCUCGGAGUAUUCAGGCCAAAAAUUACAAUCAAAGAUGGGGAUAUUGCCUCUGAUCGAUUCCCAACACACCAUCCAUUAUGUGAAGAGGUGACAAAGACUGUCUUUGUUGUACAACAACUGGAUCGUAUAUGGAAAACUGUCGCUCCGUAUGAAAGUUCGGAGCUCAGAGAGGCAUAUUCGACUCUGCGACAGAUAGCCUUGACCGAUUCUGAGAAUUUGUAUCGGGAAAUGGACACACCUGCUGGCAGGUUUCCGGAGUGGGAAGUCCUCAAGGCCCAAGCGCAGAAAUGUAAGAUUUUACAGUCUCGAUGUUAUGUUUUUAGUGCAUUCUCAAUUCUCCCUACGCCUGAUCAAAUGUACCGCCGACGAUCCGGCCUCCGAAUUGAACUCAACCCUGAGCGCCAUCAGAGCUGUGGAAGGUGAACUUGAUGGAGACAAACGACCGGGAAAUGUGGCCUGGCUCUCCGAAACGAAUGAAGAAGAACCUCAACCAAUUGUGAAGCUUGAAGAUGAUGAAGAAUCACCUCACUCGUCGGCUAGACCGGCUCAUCGAAGAAAAGCGCCAUCAAAAUAUCGACAAGUGUAUGUUUUUGGUUGUUUUCGGUUGGUUUUUAGGGCUUAGGUGUAAAGGGAACCAAAGGUUCUAAUGUUUUCUUUCCAGAAUCGACCCCAACGCUCAAUACAAGUUCAGGAUUGUCCGUCCUCGGGGUGAAAAUGUAUCUCCGACCUCUUAUCAAUCUCUUGCCAAGCGAUCUCGACCUCUUUGA